GAACAUACGGGAGUUGGAGCUUGUGGAGCUGAAAACAUCAAGGAAACGAAGUUGUCCACGAGACUUUAAUCAGGGGUUAAGUCGGCCAGUGUGGACGUGUCUGUAGGGUUGUGGGUCACCCAUUUUGUGUGCUCCAUCUUUCAGCGGAGCGUAUGGCACGACGAGGCGAGGAGGAAGGCUCCCCUAGUCAGCAUUGGGACCUAGCCUAUUGCCUCUGGCUCGUCGAAAUGAGCCUCCAGCUUACUCGGCAGAUGCAGCGAAUCCUGGCGGCAGACUACAGGCUCACGCAGUUGCACCUCGACGUGUCCUCGACCGAUAGCUCUCCCGCCGCCAGUACCUCCCGGACGGACUUGCCUUCAACGUCUGGCAUCGCGACCACACCCAACCUCAGGCGCAGAGCCAGCAACGGUCCUCCGCCAGUCCGUAGGAGGGAGUCCUACGCGUACCGCGAUUCUUCGGAGUCCUCAUCUUCGGACGACGAGAGCCUGGACUUUAGCACUCACAUGGGCCUGAUGCGUUCGUCAAGCAGACGCUGGGCACCCCUCCUCGCCCACCAGCGUGGCGAGGGGACGAGUGUGCCCGAGGUGCAUGUACUGCCCCCUCAAUCCCCACCACGCCCCUCUGCUCCACCGCCGCCACCACAGGAGAGGCCCAGGUCGCCUCCUUUACCGCGAGUGUCAGCGGCUGAAUCUUCGACGUGGGGCUACGGAAGCGGCGCCCCGUACAUGUCUAUGUUGUAUGAUGCUGGAUUGAGACCCAGACUUGGCAGCCAUGAAAUCCUUCCCAACCUCACCCACCGUAUCCAGUGUUGGGACAUGACGACUGCCCAGAUUCCUGACAUAAGUGAUGCCAAAGCCUGCGUGGUGGCGCCACGAUGCAAGAUACACAACGACGCCAGUGUUGCCCUCGGGGGCGGUCUCGUAGCAGCUCUGCUACCGAACGGGCUCCUGGCAGCUUCUCUAGGAGUGUAUUCCUUGAGGAAAGGUAGCCUCGGACAGCUACUAUACACGUGGUCCUUUGGAACAAAUGCCAUUUCCGUCAGCCUGUCUCCCAUGGCUCGCUACUUGGUCGUGGGCUUCGCUUCUACCCGUGCCCUCUUUCCUUCAGACAGGGAGGUGGUAGCCCAAAUUUUUAAGCUGGGCUCUGCAGAUGUAUGCGCACUCUCUUCUGAGGACGGAAGCAGUGGUCGGGGUCUCUUACAGCACGUAGGCAACAUGAGUCAGCCUGGAGGUACCCAGCCGCCCGUGAGCCUCAACUCAGUCCGCUGGCUUCCGCGGCCCGGAGAAGGGCUCAUUUAUGGGACAAAUCGCGGCACCCUUUGCAUCUGCAGGCCGCAAAAGCCCAUACUAAAGGAAGAUAACGGGAAGAUGCAGAAGAAAUCCGGUCCCACAAGAGACUCCACCAGUCCGUUUGUGAUGCUUACAGACCAGGUGGACCAAGCAGCACGCAAUACCACCAUUCAGGUUGGUGAUACAUUCGCUCACCGAAAGAUCACACCUGAUCGUUUUAAUUUGGGCAGAUUUGUUUAUGUAACAAUGACUGUUUGCUACGUAAACAGCAAGUACGCAAUCCUGUUGUGGAGCAGGGAGCUGCAUCGACGUCCCUCCACCACAACUGAAACGCUCUCCGGAACGCCUUGGUAUGACGUAGAAGGAAAUUGA